AUCCACCCAGCCAUGGUUAGCGUCGUUAACUCCAAAGCUGAUGUUUUGAAGGCCACUCAAGCGUUGUUGGUGAACUGCAAUGCUGCCCAAGGCCUCAGUGAGGUUAUGAAGAGCAAUCUCGGCCCUAGGGGCACUCUCAAGAUGCUCGUUGGAGGUGCUGGCCAGAUCAAGAUCACCAAGGAUGGGAGUGUUCUCCUUAAAGAGAUGCAAAUUCAGCACCCUACUGCCUCUAUGAUAGCCCGAGCCGCUGCAGCACAAGAUGAGACCAGCGGUGAUGGCACCACGUCGACUAUUCUGUUCAUUGCCGAGCUCAUGAAGUUGUCUCAGAGGUACAUCAAUGAUGGUGUGCAUCCCCGCAUUCUAGCGGAUGGAUUCGAUGCUGCUCGGAUGGAGAUAGCAACCUUUUUGGAAGAGUUUAAAGUGAAGUGUGGCUGGGAAGACAGUGACAUUCUCUCCUGCAUAGCCAGAACCUCUCUCCGGACUAAACUUCCUGGCAAGCAGGCUGACCAGUUGGCGGAUAUCAUUGUCCAGGCCCUCCAGCUCAUUCAUACUGAGAGCGAGGAGAUAGACUUGCAUAUGGUAGAAGUUAUGACUAUGCAAGAGAGGCUCGCUAUGGAGACUAGACUGGUGAAAGGUCUUGUACUUGACCAUGGGACCCGCCACCCCGACAUGCCUCACAGGCUCGAGAACUGCUAUAUUCUCACCUGCAACGUCAGUCUUGAAUAUGAGAAGGCUGAGGUGAACACUACUUUCGCUUACAGCAAUGCUGAGCAGAGGGAACGUCUUGUUGAGUCUGAGAGGAAGUUCACCGAUGAUAAGGUGGCUAAGAUUAUCGAAUUAAAGCAGACUGUGUGUGGCGACUCCGACAAGACUGGCAAGCACUUCGUUGUUAUCAACCAGAAAGGUAUCGACCCCCCAGCGUUGGAUAUGCUCGCUAAGGAGGGUAUCAUGGCAUUGCGUAGGGCUAAGCGGAGGAACAUGGAACGCCUUGUACUCGCAUGUGGCGGCGUUGCUGUGAACUCUGUCGAGGAUCUCACUCCUGAUGAUCUCGGCUAUGCUGAUGAGGUUUAUGAGAAGGUCAUUGGUGAUGACAAGUAUACCUUUAUCGAAGGAGUCCAACAUCCUCGUUCCUGCACCAUACUCCUCAAGGGCUCCAAUGACUAUGUUAUCAAUCAGAUGAAGGAUGCUGUCCGUGAUGGCCUACGUGCCGUGAGGAAUGCGGCUCAAGACGGUGCGGUGGUCCCAGGAGCCGGUGCCUUCGAGUUGGCUGGUCAUGACCACUUGAUGGAGUUCAUGAAGAAGAACGUUAGUGGUAAGACUAAACUCGGUGUUGAAGUUUUCGCCAAGGCAUUGCUGGCUAUACCCCAGACCCUCGCUGAGAAUAGCGGUUUUGAUAUUCAAGACACCAUACUCAAGCUGGAGGAAGAGUACCAGAAUGCUGAUGGCGAGGCGGUGGGCCUAGACGUAUAUACUGGAGACGCCAUCUCCCCUGAAGCUGAAGGUAUCUGGGAUAAUUACGUUGUUAAGAAAGAGAUGCUUGCCUUGGCACCAGUGCUGGCCCAGCAGUUGUUGCUAGUUGAUGAGGUCAUUAGAGCUGGAAGGCAGAUGGGCAAGGAGUAAAGCCCUUCCCUAUUGCAACUACCAGCACACUGUUUGAGGCACCAUAGUAUUCUUGUAAUGCUCGUGUGUGAUAUCUACUGUGAUUGCUAUGAUUGGUUACGAUGAACGAGAAGAGUGGUAUCAUCUCAUCAUUUGCAAUAGCGGCAUCAUCAGCAACAACAGAAACACUAU